UAUAAAAGGAUGAAAGUGUGCCUCUUCUCAAAGUGUAAAACAGUUAGCUGUUUGGCUAAACGACAUUUUUGCAAAGUUCUGUCUAUAGGGAAGCUAAUUAGUACUAGCUAGCUCGUUCGACCUUACAUCAUUUACUGGAGCCAUCAAACAUUAGCCCUCCUUUGGGAGUUUGAGCCCAGGAGGCUCAGCUGGCUCAGAUGAUCAGGAGUUUAACCCUUCCGCUGAGAUGCUGGUUCACGACUACGAUGAUGAGCGAACUCUGGAUGAAGAGGAGAUGCUAGAAGAAGAGACGAGCUUUGGCAAUGAGAUUGAUGACCUUGCCCGAGAGGGUGAAAUGCCCAUUGAAGAGCUGCUAAACCUCUAUGGUUAUGGCAAUGCGGGGUCUCCUGAGGAGGAAGAUGAUGAAGAGGAGGAUGAGGAUGAUGAUUGUGAUGAAGAUGAGGGGGAAGACAUUGAGUAUUUGGAUAAUGACCACAGCAGAAGUACCGAGGAAUUGAAGAGGAAUAAGUCCCUGCCUCUAGCUCACGACAGGAGAGCGAAGCAUUCUGGUGAACUGGAGGACGAGGCGCCGUAUCCUAGCGACGAGCGCCGCCGGUCUCACAGCACUGCUGAGCUCAUCAGGCCUCGGAAGUGCAAGUACUUCGAAAGUAAUAAUGGCGAAGAAGAAUCGGAGGAGGAUGAAGACUACGUUCCGUCUGAAGACUGGAAAAAGGAGAUCAUGGUGGGCUCCAUGUAUCAGGCUGAAACACCAUCUGGGCUCUGCAAAUACAAAGACAAUGAGAAAGUGUACGAAAAUGACGACCAGUUAUUGUGGGAUCCCGAGUUACUUCCGGAAAACGAAGUGGUGCAGUUUCUUACUGAAGCCUCGAAGCGCACAGGAGAGGAAAAGGGUGUAGAUGCCAUUCCUGAGGGAUCUCACAUCAAAGAUAAUGAGCAGGCGCUCUAUGAAUUGGUGAAGUGCAAUUUUGAUACAGAGGAAGCCUUAAGGAGACUGAAAUUCAAUGUUAAAGCAGCCAGAGAAGAAUUAUCAAUAUGGACAGAAGAAGAAUGUAGAAAUUUUGAACAAGGACUGAAAGCUUAUGGAAAGGAUUUUCAUUUAAUUCAAGGAAACAAGGUGAGAACUAGAUCAGUAGGAGAAUGUGUGGCCUUUUAUUACAUGUGGAAGAAAUCUGAGCGUUAUGAUUUCUUUGCACAGCAAACCAGGCUUGGGAAAAGGAAAUACAACCUUCACCCAGGUGUGACGGAUUAUAUGGACCGGCUAUUGGACGAGACGGAGAGCACUGCCUCUAGUCGGGCUGCCUCCCCACCUCCCACCACCUCCAAUAGCAGCACCAGCCACUCAGAAAAAGAUGAGAGCAGCAACCACAAUGGUACAGUAAUUCAUGGUGCUGUGGAGGCAAUGUCCAAUGAAGACAAAUUAAAGCCGGAGGCAAUUCAAACCAAUGGCCCUCCCCACUCCUUGGACCACCCCGCUUCCAGAGAUGCUAACGGGUGUGAUGGGGUGGACCCUCGCAGCAAUGGCCAGAACGGGCGCUCCCAGGACGACAGCGUCCAUGAGAGGACGCCUAAGAGACACAGGGCAGAGGGUGGAGAGGCAGAACCUUCCAGAACCAGCACACCCAGCACUGAAGGCGACUGACCCUGUACUAAAGGAAGGACCCUAAGGCCUGGGCCAUAAUAGACUGGGCCUCCAAGAACCCUGUGGGCUCACCAGCAAGGAGUGGGGGGAAGCAGUCUGUAUGGGGAGCAUACCCCACACUCUCCAAUCCAGUUUAUAUCCCAAAGCUCCAAAAAUGUUUGGGUUAAAAAAAAAAAACAUUGUGAAUGUGAGAGAGAACACAUCCAAAUUUAAGAAAUAUUCCCUUUAUUUGUAUGAGAUCACCUGUAAUAUUUUUGUAAGCAAGCUAUAUUUUUGAAUUACACAUACUGAUGAUGGUUAUUGCUGUUAAGCCACCUUUUUUGAUGAGAGGUGGAGCCUGUUGGCCACUGAGCGAUGAAAAGGGUUGCUGGAGAUUUACAGGCACAAGACGUUGCACUUUGGGUUCCGUUCAGGAAGGGCGGCGCCACAGCUCCUUCAGUCCCACCCAUGGACAGUAGACUCCGCCGCCAGGAGGUCUAUGGCGCACUCUGGUUUUUAGGAAAAUGAGCUGGUGGUUAGCCUACCCUGCUUGUUUAUGUUGAGGUUGACAUCAGUGAUGUCCUGUAUAUUUGUGAUUAUGGAAAAGAAAUUAGUUCAAACUAUUUUUUUCAGAACCUCUGUUGAAUUUGACUCGUUUUUUUUUUAAAUAACAGUACUUAUUGAGAGAUAUAAAAGUUUGUAAAAAUUUCUUAUUCUGUACAGUUCUUACAGUUUUGAUAAACAAUAUUGGCAAUUACUUGUGAUAUGAAUGUUUUUUUUGUUGUUUUUUUUACUUGCUGUCCUGGGGGCCAAGAAUACCAUGAAAGCCCAUCAGUCUAACUUGCAUUCCUUACUUGUUAGCAGCAUUGGGCCACAACACUUCAGGCAUGUAUAUAUGCCCUGUGCACAUUAGGCACUAAUGAGAAUGGAACUCUGAGAAUAGAAAUGGCCCAGUCCUUUUUUCCCUAAAGCAGUGUUUUGUGGCUUGGUGCUAAGGUGGGAGGCAGUGCAGGCUAGAACAAUGCUGUAAGUUCCUGCUAGUUCCAAGGUCUGAGAACCCUUGCAUUUUAAAAGCACCAAAACCUUGUUUUCGUGUUCGUUCGUUUUUUAAAAACCACUGACUGAAAUGGUGCCGAUGUGGUUCUAGGCGCUUACCAUCACAAAAUAAUGUUGCUCAUCUUUAAGCUUUACUUUCUGAAAUACAGAAUUGUUUCCCCUUUUUUUUAAACCAAAUGUAAUAUUUUCUUGUCAUUAAACAACAUAAUUGUGAAGUA